AUUUGAAUACGAAUAGAAGGUGAAUGAAUGAAUGACAGCGAAAAAUGAGAAGCCACAGGCGCGGAACAUCGAACGUUUCCAGUGAGAUUCGUAUAAAAGAAAAUAUUCCGGGAAGAAUACGAUUUAAUGUCAAUCGAAGCGGCCGUCUGUUAACAACGCGUUGUGCUACCUCCCCCACACAGAGUCGAGAGAGCGAGAGAGAAGGAGAGAAAUCUACAAAAACAACAAAAUUCAUUCAUAGCCCUCAGCAUGAAUCAGGCCUGCCUCUAUCAGCGUGCUAACGAGGUACAGCGUUACGAUGCGGAAGAAAUUCUCCAAGAAUAUGCCGAGAAAUUUGUGUGGCGCCAUGAUGGCUUGGAUUGCCUGCUGGAUGUGGGUACCGGUUCGGGAGAUGUUCUCAUGGAUUUCAUCUACCCCAUAAUGCCCAAGCAAUUUCAGAGUGUUGUGGGUUCGGAUGUUUCACGGAAAAUGAUGCAGUUUGCCGAGAAGUGUUAUAGCCGAGAGAAGCAGUGCAGUUUCCGGGUGUUGGACAUAGCCACAAAGGAUAAGCUGCCAGAGGAUAUGGUGGGGGGGUUUGAUCAUGUGACAUCCUUCUAUUGUCUACACUGGAUACAGAAUCAAAGACAAGCCUUGCAAAAUAUUUACGAUCUCUUGCGCCCAGAGGGUGGUGAUUGUCUACUGGUUUUCCUGGCCACAAAUCCGGUAUUUGAUGUUUACAAGCUGCUUAGCAAAUCCACCCAGUGGUCGCCGUACAUGAAAGAUGUACAUCGUUUUAUUUCCCCCCUACACUACUCCAGCGAUCCAAAAAUGGAGUACACCAAAAUGCUAAAGGAAACUGGUUUCACCGACAUCCAGGUGGAUCUGAAAGAGAAAGUCUACAUUUAUGAGGGCUUGGAGACCUUAAAAGAUAACGUCAAGGCAGUUUGUCCCUUUCUCGAUCGCAUACCUUUAUCGCGCCACAAUUCAUUCUUGGAUGACUUUGUCAACAUUGUCUCGCACGAUCUUGAUUUGAGGCACAUUGAGGCAAAUGGGGAAAUUCAAAAAUUCAUUUCGCCCUACAAAUUGUUGGUGGCCUAUGCCAAGAAACCAGCUUUGAUUGAAAAUCUUCUCAACGAUUUGAUCAUCUCGGUUGAAGCGGAAGCCGGCGAAGCAGAAGAGAAGAAACAUAUUAAUUAGUUUUAAGACAAGAUAACAUCUGUUUUCUUUUUAUGUGAUAAUAAUUAGUUACUACUACUACUUCUAUGAACGAACUGUGUAAAGUCUCUCGGGGUGAAUAUAUUACGAAUAUUGUUGGAGAGAAUUGAAGUUUCAUUCAUGGUGUGGUAGAACUAAAUAAGGUUUUUUUGGAAAUCAUGUCGGUUACACUGUACAACACAAAAAAUAAUCACGGAGAAAAUCCAGCAGAGUAUGAAAGAAGAGCUAGAAAUAGAAGAC